CAAGCGCAAUCUUCAAAUGGAGUAUUCACAUAUUGCUUUCAUACUCUUUUUUGUAUAUUGACGCACUCAGAUAUCAAUUAAUUGGUAAAUAAAAGUGUACAGUAGCUAGAACGACAACCAUAUUUGGGCUUGAAUGCCUCAUAGACUUUCCUCUUUGUGAUGACCUCUACAAGUAGUGACAUUGUUCCAACGGGCACAGUUAUCAAGGAAAGGUGGAGAGUUUUUAAAAAGAUUGGCGGUGGCGGUUUGGUGAAAUAUAUGAAGCAGUUGAUAUGGUAACCCAGCAAAAGGUUGCUGUUAAAGUUGAGUCAGCCCAGCAACCAAAACAAGUGUUAAAAAUGGAAGUCGCUGUACUUAAACGACUACAAGGACGUGCACAUACAUGUCGUUUCAUUGGUUGUGGAAGGAAUGAACAAUUCAACUACAUAGUAAUGAGUUUACAAGGUAAAAAUCUGGCAGACUUAAGACGAUCAACUCGUCGUGGUUGUUUUACCAUAAGUACAACUGUUCGACUAGCUCGUCAAAUGCUGGUCGCUAUUGAAAAUGUUCACAAUGUUGGAUUUCUUCAUAGAGAUAUUAAGCCGUCAAAUUUUGCAUUAGGAACUGGAAUUGGUCCUGGAGCUGUUAAUCCACGACAAAUUGUACUCCUCGACUUUGGUUUGGCUCGUCAGUAUACAACGGCGAAUGGCGAUAUUCGUGCUCCGAGACAAGUGGCUGGGUUUCGUGGUACCGUCAGGUAUGCUUCUGUCAAUGCUCAUUUGAACAAGGAACUUGGAAGACAUGAUGAUCUUUGGUCAUUGUAUUAUAUGCUUGGUGAAUUUAUUGUUGGAGAACUGCCUUGGAGAAAAAUUAAAGAUAAAGAACAAGUUGGUUUGAUGAAACAAACCUUCGAUCAUAAUCAACUGUUGAAGUUUAUGCCGCGUGAAUUCAGACCAUUUCUUGAGCAUAUUCAAAACCUGACUUAUUUUGAUCGUCCAGACUACAUGUAUUUACAUUCAUUGCUCAAUGCAUAUAUGGAACGUCGCAGAAUAAAUGAAGCUGAUCCUUUUGAUUGGGAGACAACAACCGAACCUAGUCCGGCUGGUGCUAUUAAUGAAACCAACCAGCAUCAUACAACACAAGCAGUAGCGAUUACCCAACAAGCUGCUCAAGUCACUGUAACUGCUGUACAGGGUGCGGUAGAUGUCUCUAAACCCCGUAAAGGUAUUACUUCUGGGAUGGGUCAGAAUCGUGCAAGCGUUGUUGGUGCAACUGGUGUGGCAGGAUCAAGUGGAUACUUAAGUGGAACUAGGCUGGCUGGAAGUAGUUCCAACCUAGCUGUUGUAGGUCCUGGUGUGACAACAUCAACUGCUAAUGUAGGAAAGUCUUUCGACGUCACUGGGGUUCAUGGUGGAUCGAAUGGUGCCGUUUUAGUUCCACGAUCUGGUGCAAUCUCACAACAUCGUAAUGUUGCCGAUGAACUUGUGGGGAACCACAACUCUCAGCAACAGCAAAGCAACAAUACCCCUCGCAAAUCAUUUCCGAAUACAGGUGUGCGUUCUCAUCGACCUGCCACUACUCCUCGACUUGUUAAGGAGGCUGGGGCUGCAAGAGCCCGUGAAGCUGCGUCCAGAGAUGCUGCUAAAACUGACCAGUAUUAUUCUCCACAUUCUCAAGCUAUGCGUGUAUCUCCUUCAGCAAAGGCUGGUAAUACUGACUCAGGUUGUCAACCGACUGAUACUUCUAUACCGAACAGUUGUGUUUAUCGCACAAAUGAUCCAAAUAGACUUCAACCUGGUAUGGGAACUACUAAUAGCAACUCAUCCGCUCGACGGCCUAUAAGUGCGGGUGCAUCUCAUUUACGAAGUAGUGGAGGUACCAUGGGAAGUACAGCAAGUGUUGCUGGAGCUGGUUCAGGUACGCGUUGUGAUACAAGCUGUACGCAUGCUGUUAUUGUAAUGGUAGACCAAGGUGAAAAUAGCAAUUAUCAUGAUAUGACGAAAGCUGUUCCGCUUACACUUGCAAGUCACUGGAUUGCUGGUGGUGAGGACGAUGAGUGUUCAGUUAUUUCUGAAAAUGAAGCAGCUGUCGGCAAAGUCAAAGGUGCUGGUUCGUCUGUAGCUAGUGUAUCUGGCGGAAUCGGUGGUGACUAUGAUGUAUCUAAUCAUAUGAACAAAGUUAAUGGUGCAAAUAACCAGUUACUUGAAUGUGGUACCGGCGAGGGUGAAGAGGCAUUUUCUAAAGUAUCACCCGAAAAUGGCAAUAACAACAAUAAUUACUUUUGUAACUGUGACCUCAAUGUAAUAAACUCGCAGCGUAUUUUUCAAACUUCAGCAGAUAUGAACAAAGAUAUUGGAUCCGGUUCUUAUAUAGAAGCGGAAUCAGAUGAGAAUAGUGGAGAGAAAUCUUCGACUAAUCCACCAUAUGGCAUCCCUAGUAGACAAGUUUCCAUCCCUUCUCAACUAAAUUAUGGAGAAGCUGAAACUGGCUCUUACAGACAUAAUAUCAAUUCUUUUGGAAGUCGAGGUGUUGCACGCAAAUUAUCUCUUGGUUUUCGUCGACAAAGGGCACUACCUCAAUACCUUACUUCAGAAUCAAAAUUACUUCCAAGUUAUGGUAUGCCAACAACUAAAGAAAGUUGUUUAGCCAAUUCACCUACACGUUUAAAGUCUUUCAAAAGUGACAAUGAUUGGAAUUCUCGAUAUGGUGAUGUUUUACCACAGUCACCAACUCCUUUCUCACGUUCUACAAGUCCAUAUUAUCCUCAUGGUUUAGAAAUUGUUGAUGAGAAUAUUAAUGUCCCUGUUUCCAAACAUUCACCAUAUAUUCUACAAGAAAUGGUAGAUCGUAGAGGUAGAAGCCAGUAUAAGGAUGUUCAUGAUCGUGAACUGCGUGAUACAGAUAAGCUAGGUGGUAAUGAGUUCUACUGUGAUCCUCUUGGAAAUUCCACUGGGCAUAAUAGUAAUUAUUUGAAUGCAUGGAAAUUCAGUCAAACAAAUAGUCGUUUCCCUACAUCACCUCAGUUAAAUCCUCCUAGUUCUCUAUAUCACUUGCAACCUAAUGAAUUACCUCAUGAAAGUCAAUCAAAUCAUAUGAGUAGAUCAGUUAUUUUAUCGCAAACUGGUGAUCCACCAUCUACUUAUGUUGUAAUGCGUCCAUUACGAUUAAAUAAUUCAAAUGACGAAAAUGAAUUGAAUUUAGUCAAACAAAAUUAGAUCCAUCGCAUUCAUAUAUUCCUGAUGGUCCAAUCCCAUACAAAUCACCAUUUGAAUAUUCAUCUUCA